AGAACGAAAAUGUAUGAAAUAGAAAAUGUAAACAAUUCAAGAUCUACUUCAAGAACUGUGCCACUCGAGAGCUUGUCGUUUAAAUUGAUCAAGAUAUCAGUCAAUUUUUCUGCUGCAGAUGAGAUUCGGAGCUUUGUUGUCCCUUUGUUACAUUACGGUUCUUUAUCAUUUGAUCAAUGAAAUUCAACACUAUUAAUUAAUAGAUUCAAGUUUUGAACAUCUUAACCUCUACAUCAUGGUUGCUACGGUUACGACGUCCUCAGCAUUUCCUACUGCUUAAACGAACAUUAAUGAUGGACUCUCUUUCCGCGAAAUUCAAGUCAGAAAAAAUAGGAGAAAAUUAGUCUGAUGAGUUUUCUUCAGUUAUCACUUGCCUUUUCGAGAAGCAUCACGCUUGCACAAUGGCUGGCAACGAGACUUGGCUAGAAACGUAUCCAUAUCAUAUUGUGGAAUUUGUCACUCGUGGAAGAAAACCCAGUGUCCGUAAAGUUGACAUUGUUGCUACGAAGUGGAUUUCUUUUGAUAAUGUCAAAAAGAAGUGCUUUGCAAAAUAUCCAUCACCUCCUUAUACUAAGGAAAAGUACAAUGCACUAAACAAGGCUCUGGAGGAGUUAUCUGAUGCACCUGUUGGCUGGGAACAAUUCACCGUUAAAAUAAGAGGAAAGGCAGGUAACAUCAAUGAAGCAUUUAAAAAAAUGAAGGCUUUAAAACAUCAGGAAACAGCUUUGACUAUGGAAUCAGCUGAGAGCAGUUCUGAAGCUGAAAAGAAGGCUGCUGAUAAGUUACGCCAACAGCAGUUCAUGAAUGCUGCUGUCAAAUAUAGUCAGAUCAUCCAUAAGCAGACUAAUUCAUCGCAAGAAACUUGUAACCAGACCAAUUCAUUGAAAACAAUUAGCCAAAAUGAUCAUAGUCAAGACUUGUUGUCGCACUCCAGUAUAAUGCAGAAAACAGUUUCAUCGUACCCUCCUAGACCAAUGCUAGCUGAAAUUACAAACAACAUAGAAGUAAACAGCAACUCCGUACAAAAAACAGCUCUGGCUUAUUGAUGCAAGCAAAAAGUUAUCUAGCAGAAGAUGUAUACAUGCCAACGGAAAAUCAAGCACAGUCAUUGAAUUCUGAUGCUACUGAUAAUGCAGCAGCAGAAUCUUCCUUAGUGCCUUCAGAUAAUGUUGAUGCUAAUAAAAAUCAACAUUCUGUAUCAAAUGAAAAAAAUAAGCUUAA